GUAUCUGAAGAACAGGAACAACUCUGGUAUAAAGUGUUUUUUUUUCUCCUGCUGGAGAAUACAGAUUUCGCGCUCGGUUAUCCCUCGGUUAUCCCUCGAGCACCGCCUCUUCCUCACAUCGUUCUUCAUUUUCAGCGGUCAUUAAUUUCUGUGCUUCUUCUAGCUAACCUUCUGAGAUCAUGCAUCGACUUCAGCACUUGGCGAAUAGAUCAUUGAUUGCACGUGUUUUUAACCAGUCUCCAGCCCUUGUGCGGACAAAGGCUUGGGAAACCUCAUGUUUAGUGCAGUCCAUACGACUCAAAACACAAGGACCCGUUGAACAGUAUGGACAGAAGAGAUUCAGUACAGCGGAGGCAACCGUGGUUUUAAGAGAGAAUGGCAAGAUGCGAGAAAAGAGUCUGACCAUGGACACCCUCAAUCCGCACGUGAAAGCGGUGGAGUACGCUGUGAGAGGACCCAUUGUCACAAAGGCUGGUGACAUCGAGAGAGGCUUGCAACAGGGUCAGAAACACCCCUUCACUGAGGUCAUCAAAGCCAACAUUGGAGAUUCGCAUGCCAUGGGGCAGAAGCCAAUCACCUUUCUCCGUCAGGUGGUGGCUCUCUGCUCAUUCCCAGAGCUGUUGGACAGCUCUAGUUUCCCGGAGGAUGCCAAACAACGUGCCCGUCGCAUUCUACAGGGCUGUGGGGGACAGAGCUUGGGGUCGUACAGUGCCAGCCAGGGAGUGGACUGUAUUCGGCAGGACAUUGCUGUCUACAUCGAGCAACGGGAUAAGAGUGUGCCUGCCGACUGGGACAAUAUUUACCUCACCACCGGAGCUAGUGAUGGCAUCGUGAGCAUCUUGAAGAUGCUGGUGUCGGGCCAGGGCCGGUCCAGGAGUGGUGUGAUGAUCCCCAUCCCUCAGUACCCCCUGUACUCUGCAGCCAUCUCUGAGUUGGAGGCCGUUCAGAUCAACUACUACCUGGACGAGGACAACUGCUGGGCCAUGGAUAUCAACGAGCUACACAGAGCCUACCAGGCUGCCAAGGAGCACUGUCACCCCAGAGUCAUCUGCAUCAUCAAUCCAGGCAACCCUACCGGUCAAGUGCAGAGUAAGAAGUGCAUCGAGGAAGUCCUCCACUUUGCCUAUGAGGAGAAUCUGUUUGUUAUGUCCGAUGAGGUGUAUCAGGACAACGUGUACUCCCCAGACUGUCAGUUCCACUCCUUUAAGAAGGUGCUCUAUGAGAUGGGCCCUGAGUACUUCAACACUGUCGAGCUGGCCUCAUUUCACUCCACCUCCAAAGGCUACUCAGGAGAGUGUGGGUUUAGAGGGGGCUAUAUGGAGGUUCUCAACCUCGACCUGGAGGUCAAGGCCCAGCUGAUGAAGCUGCUUUCUGUUCGACUGUGUCCCCCUGUCUCUGGACAGGCUGCCAUGGAUGUCAUCGUCAACCCUCCUCUGCCACACGAACCCUCCUAUCUCCAGUUCCACAAGGAGAAAAGUGCUGUGCUUGGAGCUCUGGCUGAGAAGGCCCAGAUGACUGAGCAGAUCCUCAACACGGUGCCUGGGAUAAAAUGUAACCCUGUGCAGGGAGCCAUGUACGCCUUCCCACGCAUUUUCAUCCCCCCACGAGCUGUGGAGGAGGCCAUGUCCCUGGGAAUAUCUCCUGACAUGAUGUACUGUCUGAGACUGCUUGAGGAGACUGGCAUCUGCCUCGUUCCAGGCAGUGGCUUCGGCCAGAGGGAAGGGACGUAUCACUUCAGAAUGACCAUUCUGCCCACGGCAGAGAAGCUGAAGGUGCUCCUGGAGAAGCUCCGGGAUUUCCACAUCAAGUUUCUGAAGGAGUACGCGUCGUUGGAGGAACCAAAGAGAUGAGAGCACAGAGGAUGACAGACAGGACGCACUGAAACAGUUCAGAUAGUUCCAGUUUGAGAAUGUUUAACACACAAACAAAACCAGCAUUUACAGCUGUGUCGACUUUUUGUCGAAGUUUUAUCUGAUUUUAGGAACAGUACUUGUUUGAGAGACAUUUGUGCCUUUGUCAGACGAGGUAAAAGUGUGGGGAGAAACUAUGCUGUCUGUACAGAGAUGUUAAAGGGGCAAUCUGCAGUUGCUACAUACAUUUUAGGACUUGUCAAUUAAAUUGCAGUUCAAUGUACAAAUUGAUUCUUGAAGAAUACAACUUAUAAAUGCUUCAUAAGCUGUCGUACCCCAUCAGAACACAAAUAUAAGCUUUGUAAAUGUAAACAAACUAUAUAGCCUUAACAUGGUUAAAACUGUAAUAUUGAUUUCAUGGAUGAUCAGUCUUUGCAUCCAUUGCUCUAGCUAUGAAUUUGGUUACAAUUCUCCAGUCCCAUCCCUCAGAUUUUUAUUGAAACUGGCAGUGAGGACGUUUUAUUGUAACUACUGCUGAUUGCCCCUUUAACACUAAAGCAAUGUACAUUGUGAUGUACGCAAAGGUGCUCCACUAUAGAGGAUGCACUGGGGAAUUAUUUUCUAGCACUCCAUUUUGUUGUUUUUGUGCCCGGGAAGUUAUUUACACUUUUGUAUUUUCUACCUGUCUUGAGGCUUUUCUGUCUCCUUAGAGGCAUUUUGUGUUAGUGCUCUACACUGUGGGGCACUGUAAGUGCAAAUAUUAUCUUAGAACCAGCUGUACAUUUCCAUGUGCCAAAUGGAACUGGGGAACAGAGGUUGUUUCUGUAGGUCAUGGACUCCGGACAAUGAGUACUGCUACAUCAGCUCUUUCUGGUCCGAAAAACAGCAGGGAGGGAUUCUCCUCACCAUUUAUAACAACAUCCUGUCUCUCCAAGUCAUACAGCUUUGAGUCUGCAUAGCUCCCUGUUGGGCACAUGCUUACCCAUAUAGUACCUGUCUAGCAUGACACUGAUCUGAGGUAUCAGAUGCACUUGGAGAGUUUUUUUUUCAAGGUGUGUUUGUGUGUCCCGUACUCUCUGCCUAGUUGCAGUAUUAUGUGCUUGUUAUGGAAAUAAAUGCAGUUGUUUGUGUGCUACUUUGAAAUGAGCUUAAAGGUCAAACCAAGGGAAAUGUAGGUUCUGAUAAUACUGUAUAUCGACAUGUGCCCUUAUUAGGCUAUUUAUUGCAUAGAUAGUUUACACAUUCUUUUACUGACAGUGGCUUUAUGUCUUUCAUUCACAUUUGUAUCACACCCGAGAAUGAGAAAGGGAGUACGGUGACAUCUCAGACAAUGGAGAUGGUGGGUUGAAUGCACUUCAGUGUUUUUGUUUGUUAAAUGUUUUUGGAAUCCUUCCGCCUGUGUCUCUUUCUGCACACUGCAAGCGGGGGUAAAUGUAAAGUGAAACACAGCAUUUAUACAGCAUUUACAGUGAAACACUUUACAAUUUCCUUUUUUUAGGUUGGAGAUGAGCAUAGUGACCCACACAAGGCAGUCUUAAAGCUUCAGUCCAAUGAAUUGAGCCAGCCGAUGAACUGUGGUUCUCUGAUACCGUAUCAUCUCAUCUCUAUUUUCGUAUGCAGUUUAAUGCUGAAUGAAGUGUUGACGCAUUAAUGUAACCUGGGGAGCCAUUCAAUGUAUGAAACUCUUGACUGACCUCAACAUGAAUUGUUUUUAACCAUUUGACUGCAAUGGGGUGCCUUCAAUGGCAAUGAGCUGUAAUUUACAUUGAGUGACUUUUGAGAAUGUCAACAAAUUAAUAUUUUUUUAUUAAUACUAUGACAUUUUUAAAAAUGCAAAUUUUCUGCUAAAUUUUUGUGCCUGCUUUCUUUUCAACAUUCUUCAUGAGCUGAAAGUUAACUGGAAAAGGUUUUGGGUUCAACAUCGAUGUGCUUAUAAAUAUCAAAUUUCUAACUGAAAUAAGACUUAACCCUAGUUUUAUCUUGUCAUGUUUAUGUUUUGGAUAUUAAUAAAAAUGUUUUCCCAGAUUUGGAUUUCUUAUUUUGUUAUUUCUGUUGUUUUGUACAAUAAAUACUUUUGAGAUCCA